CCACGCGGAAGGGGUUAUAAGCGAAGAACUGUGCAUUCAACUCGGGCCAAGACGUGACCCUGCACCAAAUGUACCAAUCCCUCAAGAAGAUCCACGAGGAGGGGGUUCUGGUUCGAAUACAGGCGCAAGAUCUGGGCCUAGUGGUUCUCGACCUGGGCCAAGUGGUUCAAGACCUGGGCCUAGUCAAGAGUUACCUCAAGAUCCUAACCCUGAAAAUCCUCACGAAACUGUUAAUAUAGAAUCUGAGCAAUACA